UUGACUAAUUGGACACCGAGCAAACAAAAAAGCAAAUCUGAUGAUAGAUUUUGACUGUUUUCAAUCAACAUAAACACGGGAAAAAAUUUCAAUUGUGAGACUUGAUUGUUUGAGAAUCUGUUUUGUAAAUUGUUGGAAAACAAAUUUGGACACUUAAUUACAACCGUUAAUUAAGAAAGAUUUGUAAAGCUCUGGAUACAAUUGAUGAUUAAAGAGCGGGUUUCGUGUUAAUAGCAUUAGAUUGACUAUUUAAAGGGAUAAGUCUAUUCAUCUCUCAAUCUAAGGCCGAUAUCUACAUAUGAUUUUAGCUUUUCAACAUCGUGAUUGUUGACAAUCUAAAUAUUAAAUAGAAUGAAGAUUUAAAUUCUUUUUCAAAUUGUUAAUAUUUUUCUCCUUUUGUUCUUAAUCAAAUUGUUGCUGGUUCACAAAUAAUUCACCACUACCAUCACCUAAAAAAGGAAUAGACAAUUGUCUUUGUGUUCCAUUCAUUUUGUCUUCUCUUUCUUUCCAAUUUUUUCUCCAAUUUCUCUUGUUUGUUUUUCUUUUUUAUUCCAUCAUCACAAUCAUCAUCUUCAUCGCUCCAUCUUAAUCAACCAUCUUCUCCAUCUUACCUUGUUUACUUAAUUCACUUACCUCAUCAUGUCGGGUCGAUACGUCUUACCACCUCGGUGGUUAAACUGUCCUCGUAAAAGUGGCCUGAUAGCUGACAAAUUUGUUGCCAUUAAAACUCCUUUGGACAAAAAUUAUUCCGAUAAAAUGAAACCCGGCCAACUGUGGACACCGACAAUGGCCCUGCAAGCAUAUAAAAGUCAAAAUGUCAAUAUUGGUCUUUGGAUUGAUCUAACUAAUACAAAUCGUUUCUAUAACAAAGAGAUUGUCGAAAAGGAAAUAAAAUAUGUCAAAAUUGAGUGUCGAGGACAUGGUGAAUGUCCAUCUCCCGAACAAACCAGAACUUUUGUCAAUAUAUGUCAUCAAUUUUUUUGUAAAGAACCAAUGAAAAAAAUACUCGUUCAUUGUACUCAUGGUUUUAAUAGGACGGGUUUUCUGAUCAGUGCUUAUCUUGUAGAAAGACAAGAUUGGUCCAUAGAAGCGAGUGUACGAGAAUUUGCAAAAUGUCGACAUCCAGGUAUUUAUAAAGGAGAUUAUCUGGAAACGUUAUUCUCUCGCUUUGGUGAUGUUGAAGAUGCCCCCCCUCCACCAGAAUUACCUGAUUGGUGUAAUGAGGAAGAAGAUGGAGAUGAUGAGGUAGAAAGUGGUUACUCUUCAUCAUCAAGCUCCAAUAAUAGUAGUAAUAGUAAUAAUAGUAAUAAACGUGAGCGUACUGCCACCUUCAUGGAAGGUGUUGAUAAAGUUUAUCCAGCUGAUUCCAGAAUCUGGUCUGAAAUUCAACGUAAAUGUCAAGAAAUGUGCAAAUGGUCAGGUCGUGGUUUCCCUGGUAGUCAACCUGUUUCCCUUGACUGGAAGAACAUUCAAUUAUUUAAUCGUAAACCCUAUUCUGUUAGCUGGAAAGCUGAUGGAACCCGUUACAUGAUGUUAAUCGACGGACCAGAUAGAAUUUAUUUUAUUGAUCGUGAUAAUUCAGUUUUCCAAGCUCGAGAAGUCCGUUUUCCUAGACGUAAAGAUCUUAAUGCUCACCUUUCCAAUACACUAUUAGAUGGAGAAAUGAUCAUCGAUGAGCAUAAUGGACAGAAAACACCACGUUACCUAAUCUAUGAUAUUGUCAAAUUUGAAGGGAUAGACGUUGGUUGGACCCAUUUUAAUUUACGACGAACUUGUAUUACAAAGGAGAUAAUUGGACCAAGAGAAGAAGCCAAACAAACAGGAUUAAUUGACAGAUCCAAGGAACCUUUUGGUAUUAGAAUUAAAGACUUUUGGGAUAUUAAACAAACCAAAUCAAUUUUUGGUCCUAGUUUUACGCAGCAACUUUCUCACGAAAUCGAUGGCCUCAUAUUUCAACCGUACGAUGAUCCCUACAAACCAGGACAAUGUGCCGAAAGUUUAAAAUGGAAACCAGAGACUCACAAUUCAAUUGAUUUUAGGUGUAAAAUAGUUGCGAUUUCUAAACCUGGUGAACUUAAUCGUAAAGAGUGUUACCUUUAUGUCAACCGGAUGAAUGAACCAUAUUCAUCGAUGCCCUUUACCAGAUCAAUGAAAGAUCUUGACGGAAAGAUAAUUGAAUGUACUUGGGAUUAUGGAAAAAAUUGUUGGAAAUUUAUGCGAAUUAGAACUGAUAAGUCUUUCCCUAAUGCCUAUGAAACAGCUAAUUCAGUUAUGGAAACAAUUCGUAAUCCAAUUUCGAAAGAUAGAUUAUUAGAUUUUAUUGAACGAAUUCCUCUGUUUAAUAAUCAUCAUCAUCAUCAACAACAACAACAUCACCAUCAACAGCACCAGAAUCAUAAUCAACACAAUCGCCAACAACAAAAGCGUCCAUACCCUAGUGAUUCCUCAGAUGAUCGUAAUUUAAUGCCACCCCCAAAUCUUUCCGGAAGUGGCCGUGAUACUAAAAGAUCUAAAAUUUCAUGAAUAUAAUUAUUAUCAUUCUCGUUUUCUCUCUCUCUCUCUCUCUCUCUCAUUUCUUUUCUUCACCAUAAUCCCCACUUUCGAAACGCAAACUUAUCCAAUUUCCCUUUUCUCUCUCUCUUUUCUCAGUCUCUCACUAUUCAAUAUUUUCCAAAUCAGUCAUAUAUUUAAUUUAUCAAUCAUCAAAAAUUACAAACAAUUAACUUGAUCAAAAA